AAAAAAAAAAAAGGAACUUCGGGAUUUCACGAGCCAGUUGUUUCCAGUCGGCGUGUUUUUGUGAACGUACCAGUCUCGUCCAACAACAAAAUAAACGGAAAGAUAAUCAGAUCAUGGAGUUUGCAGAGCUGAUAAAGACACCCAGGGUGGAUGGGGUUGUCCUGCAUCGACCUUUCAUGCCCACUGUGGAGGGGACUUUGUGUUUGACUGGCCACCACCUGAUUCUCUCCUCCAGACAGGACAACACAGAAGAGCUGUGGCUACUUCAUUCAAACAUCGACUCUAUAGAGAAAAGAUUUGUGGGCUCUCUGGGAAGCAUCAUAGUCAAAUGCAAAGACCUUAGGGUGAUCCAGCUGGACAUCCCUGGUAUGGAGGAGUGUCUCAACAUUGCCAGCUCUAUUGAGGCUCUGUCCACACUUGAUUCAGUCUCCUUGAUGUACCCUUUCUUCUACCGGCCCAUGUUUGAAGUCAUAGAAGAUGGAUGGAAUUCUUUCCUUCCACAGGAUGCAUUUAAAGACUUGGAGUCCAUGACAGAUGAGUGGAGACUGAGUGAAGUCAACAAGGACUUCAGCGUGUGUCCGUCAUACCCUCCUCUGGUGGCAGUGCCCAAAGAUGUUGAUGAUGACACACUGAGGAAAGUAGCGACCUUCCGUCACAGUGGCCGUUUCCCAGUGCUUAGCUACUACCACAAGAAGAAUGGCAUGGUGAUGAUGCGAGCAGGCCAGCCUCUCACAGGCACAAACGGGCGACGGUGUAAGGAAGACGAGAAGCUGAUCAACGCCACCCUGCGGCCGGGCAAACGCGGGUACAUCAUUGACACGCGCACCAUCAAUGUGGCCCAGCAGGCCAAAGCUCGAGGAGGAGGAUUCGAGUCUGAAGCUAACUAUCCACAGUGGAGGAGGAUCCACAAGGCCAUCGAAAGGUCCAAUGUCCUCCAGGACAGCCUGAUUAAGCUGGUGGAGGCGUGUAACGACCAGUCCCACAGUAUGGAUCGCUGGUUGAGUAAGCUUGAGGCUUCCAGCUGGCAGACUCAUGUCAAAGAGAUCCUCACCACCGCCUGCUUGGCUGCACAGUGUAUCGACAGGGAGGGAGCAUCAGUGCUUGUUCAUGGUACAGAAGGGACAGACACCACCCUGCAGGUGACCUCCUUGGCUCAGAUCAUCCUUGAUCCAGCGUGCAGGACCAUCAGAGGCUUCCAGGGCCUGGUGGAGCGAGAGUGGCUCCAGGCGGGUCACCCGUUCCAGCAACGCUGCGCCCUGUCAGCCUACUCCAACAGCAAACCUCGCCAAGAGGCUCCUGUCUUCCUGCUCUUCUUGGACUGUGUGUGGCAGAUUAUUCGUCAGUUUCCAUGCUCCUUUGAAUUCAGUGAGAGCUUCUUGGUGCUGCUCUUUGAGCAUGCCUAUGCCUCUCAGUUUGGUACUUUCCUGGGCAACAGCGCAGCUGAGAGAGCUAAACUGUCUCUGCCUGAAAAGACUGUGUCCCUGUGGUCAUGGGUGAAUCGGCCCCAGGAGCUGGAGCGCCUGACAAACCCGCUCUACGAGGCCAACAGUCUUGUGAUCUGGCCCUCUGUGGCCCCUCAGAGUCUGCUGCUGUGGGAGGGAGUUUUCCUUCGCUGGAACCGGUCCUCCAAGUGUUUGGAUGAGGCCUAUGAGGAAAUGGUACAUAUAAUUGAGUACAACAAGGAGCUUCAGAAUAAAGUAAACAGCCUGCGCAGGCAGCUUGCCCAGCUGGAAACUGAAGAUCCUCUGCUUCAAACACCAUAGAGAGAGCUGAAAGAAAGAGGUAGAAAAUGUGGAAAAUAACUAAAAACAGAAACAGAUCUCUGUCAUCCCGAUUUUUAGACUUUAGUUAGGUUUAAAUUAUUUUCAAACGUUUGAGAAUAAGAAAUCUAAACUAUUCUAAUUUUGCAUUUUGAACAUGAUUAUUGUUGCAUGUUUGUUGGAAUUGGCAAAAUCGUUCUCUCUUUGACUACUUCGAUGCAGUUACUCGUCACGCAGCGUACAUGGCUGAAUGGACUUGAAGAAAAAAAAAAAAACGCACACAUUUUCAACAUAUUUUGCCAUGUUAUCUCAUUCAAACUAAGGAACAAGAGGGAAACAUUCAAAAACAAACAAACAAGCAAAAAACAUUGCCAGUCAUUUCUCAAAGCGCUGCUAAAAGCCAAACAUCCCUCAUCACAUAGAAAUCCAAUAUCAGUAUGCAUGCAGAACCGUAUGCACAGAAAAAUAUGGGUUCAUUUUCUUAAAUUAUGCUUUGACUUGUCAGAUGAUUUCACAGACGGUAAUAUUGUCAAACCCCCACACUCACUGACUAAUUAAUUAGUUAAUUUUUAAAUAAUACUUAAUGUUAGACUCUAAUGUACUGUAUUUGUGGGCAUUGAUUGUGUUCAGGAGUGGAUAGUGGGGCGUUUGGAGGACGGCGGAUGUACACUUACUACUGGGUACACAUGUCUAUCACAUCCUGCUGAAUGUAUAUGCCACCGAAGCACUGCAGAGUAACUAUGGCAACAUAUAGGGUUCUGUAAGGCAGCAUGUGACUUUGCUGCAUGAUGAGGUGAUAUAAUAAGCGUAGGUUGGGUCAGCACCUAAUGUACUAUACAAUGAGAGGGGAGGCUUGUUUAAUAUGGAUUUGACCAAAAUAUCCUGAUUCUUGUAUGUUAAUCAUUACUUGACAUUCCAGUACGUACCAUGACCAGAGUUAUGGAUAAAUUACACAGAAGAUUUAUCUAAUACAACCUUAUAAAACAGUUAUGUCCAUCAGCUGGUUGCCUGGUUAUGUUUGGUCAAAAUAUUUCCCAAUCUCAUUGUGCACAGUAGUAAGAAAGUAUAUAUUUGAGAGUAUGAAGCAGAAAAAAAAGAGUAGGGGUUGUUGCUAUGGUUAUGUUGGCCAUGUUGGCCAUAUGCUUAUCAGUGAGAUUUUAAAGAAUUGGCCACAAGAGGGUUUGUCUGCUUAAGAGGUGAAAAUAUUAUAUCCUUAUAGACCAGUUUAUAUUUUGGGAGUUAAAGUUCUAUAAUUGUUGCAUUCAAGUACAUAAUUGAACAAACUGCAUAUCUUCUCUUUCUUAGUUUAAGAUCUAAAACUAAUGCACUUUGUGUGAAAGGCAUUUCAGUUACUUUAUGUGUAUAUAUGUGUGUGAGGCCAUUAUACUCUACCACAAUGUCAGAAUCAUACUCUUAUAAUUAUAAUUCUUCUAAUUGAUAUUGUUUUUGUUGUUAGUACAACAUAAUAGAUGAUAAAUGUCUUAAUAUUAAAUGUGAAAAUAUGCCAAUAUAUCCAACUCAUGUUUACUGGAACAUAGUUUUCAGCAUCCAAGGUAAUUUUCUCACAAAUCUGGGACCAGAAAAGUCAAAUUGUUGGCAUUUCUAAACCUUUAAUUACGCUGUUAUGAAAGAAGGAGUUGAGACAUGUUUAAAACAACUUGAACUGACUUCUUUUGGCACAGUGACACUAAAUCUCAUCUUUCAGCAUGAUUCAUAUUUUACGAUUGCUGACAGUCACAUCGAGAAAGCUUUAUGCUGCAUGUAAAAUACAGAAAAGUGACCUUUUUUUGGUAGAAUUCAAUCUACAAUGUUCAACUUUGGCUGUAAAAUACAUUUUAAUACUGUCUCAUCUGCUUGUCUCCAUAUUGUCUUAACACAUUUCAUCUAUUUUGCUUCAAGAAUGAUGUAAUAAUCACACUAAUCUAAACUGAUUCCAGCCACUACAUUAAUCUGCUUGAUAAAGGGAAAGUUUACAUGUAUAUUUCAUGUGUGCACUAUAUUCUCAUAGUUUCCUUUAGCCCAAAAGGCAUCUUAAUUUGUUGCUUUGUGUGUGCAUGAAUGGAACACAGUUUAAAAGUUCUGGUGUCAUUGUACAGAUGUCCUAUGCUCGCAUUACACAUAAUAUUCUCUUUGCUUUGUCUAAGUCAACAAAACUCUAAAAGAUUAUCAGCACUGUGGACAAAUAAUCGUUUUGUUGGUUCGUUGUUCUACUUAUCAGCUUGGUGCAAUGCCUUACUGCAAAAUCAGAAUUUAAAAUUAAAAGAUUCAAGUACUUUUAUCACUGCUGAUCAUAUGUCUGUAAAAAUCUAUAAUUGUUGAAAAGAUAAAAUGUUUUUAAGUUUUCAAGCCAUUAAAAAUUAUAGCACAAGA